CAGCAAUUUUUCACAUUUCUUUACUUCUUCUUUUUAUCUCCUCACUUUUACUCUUGACUUACAAUUGCGUUUGAUGGCCGCAAUUUCUCUUGAUCGCAGGAUUGUUAAAGAGGGGGCUUUUGCUCACAGUUUGCCGCAUGGUACCCUCAGGCAAGACACCGCAUCGAAGAGCCAGUUCUGUGUUUGCCCCUCUUGUAAGGGCAAGAUGAUUCUGCCCGAAGACUACUCAGUCUUCGACAUCUUGAAUGUUUUCAGGUGUUGUCUCUUCAUCUCCCAAUCAGAUUUGGUCGGGCACACAGUUAUGGCUACAAAGUCAGAGAUGGGGCAGUUUACCUGGUUGACUCUUCGGCCAGUUUACCAUUCCAUGGUUGUAAAAACUGCCCUGUGUACACUUUUUGGGGACCAUUACUAUCCCCGCUUGGUCAAUAAGAUCAAGUCUGUUUUAUUUGUAUAUCUUCUCGAAGUAGCGAAUGAGGAGGCACCUGAUGCCUUCUUUGCCCUUGAGAAAGGCAGCACGACUCACAACCGUGCCAAUCGUGAAAAGAAAAGGCUUGCUCGUAAGCGCUCGAGAGCAGCUAAGAGAGAACGUACACGCAUUUUGGAGAAGGGUGGGCAUGUGGCGGUCGCGCUUCGGCGUGAUCCAACACUUAAGAAACAUACUUGCAAGAAGUCAGCUGAGGAUCCACCCUCUGCUGCAAACAUUGACUCAACAGAAGGACCUGCGGUAACUGUCCCGUCGCAGGAUGUCAGUGUGGCUGUUGAAGCUGAGAGUUCUGGUUCCAUCCCGGUUCUCGCUAUUCCUCAGGUUCCAGAGGGACCCGUUUGGCAGGAGGCUCUUGAGAGCCACACUGCACCACACUUUGCUGUGUGGGCUCGGGAGAAUGGAGUGCCCAGGCAGCACACCGUCAAACGACUCAUGAACACUGGGGAAGACUGGCGAAAAUCGCCCCGCUUCAAUUGCAUCAAUUGCAUUGAUCCCAAAAUACUUCACCGCUCAUUCAUCAAGCUAACCGCAGCCUUCCCCAAAUGCCUGAUGGGAGCUUAUUUUGCACUCCGAUCCCAGCACGCUCCUCUCAACCAUCACCUCCACCGAAUUGGCAAACACCCAACACCUUGCUGCCCACACUGCCCGGGAACUAAUGAGACAGUCGCGCACUACCUGUUAGAUUGUCCACAUUAUCGUGGAGAGAGACACAUCCUUGUCAGCGCCUUAGGCCGGAAAGCAUCCUCAAUGUCCUACCUUCUAACCGAAGCAGAAGCAGUACCACAUCUCACUCGGUAUCUCAACACAAUGGGACGCCUACGAAAGACCUUCGGUGAUUUACCGCUUCCUCGCAAGCCACCAGACUGA